GGCUUUACGGCGGGAAAGGGCCCGUGCGGGCCUCCGUACGGCAAGUUCUGUCUCCCUCUGCUCUCAUUGGUUGCGGUUAAGUGGGCGGGUCGCCGAGGAGCCUGAGGAAGAGGGAGGCUACGGUGGUAGUGACUGAGCGGAGCCCGGUGACAGGAUGGCUGGGCACAGAUUGGUGUUGGUAUUAGGAGAUCUGCACAUCCCACACCGGUGCAACAGUUUGCCAGCUAAAUUCAAAAAACUCCUGGUGCCAGGAAAAAUUCAGCACAUUCUCUGCACAGGAAACCUUUGCACCAAAGAGAGUUAUGACUAUCUCAAGACUCUGGCUGGUGAUGUUCAUAUUGUGAGAGGAGACUUCGAUGAGAAUCUGAAUUAUCCAGAACAGAAAGUUGUGACUGUUGGACAGUUCAAAAUUGGUCUGAUCCAUGGACAUCAAGUUAUUCCAUGGGGAGAUAUGGCCAGCUUAGCCCUGUUGCAGAGGCAAUUUGAUGUGGACAUUCUUAUCUCGGGACACACACACAAAUUUGAAGCAUUUGAGCAUGAAAAUAAAUUCUACAUUAAUCCAGGUUCUGCCACUGGGGCAUAUAAUGCCUUAGAAACAAACAUUAUUCCAUCAUUUGUGUUGAUGGAUAUCCAGGCUUCUACAGUGGUCACCUAUGUGUAUCAGCUAAUUGGAGAUGAUGUGAAAGUAGAACGAAUCGAAUACAAAAAAUCUUAAAGCCAGGCCUGUCUUGAUGAUUUUUGGUUUUUUUUCAUUGUCCUGUUGAAAUCAAGUAAUUAAACAUUUAAGAGCCACAAAAUUGUAUCACUUUUAUAAUAUUUUGCAGUAAAAUAUAAUACCAUCUUCUCUGUUAAUACAUAAUUGCUCCAAGCUUCCUGUAAACUAUAAGAAUAUAUUUAGUUUACAGUAUAUGGAUUCUAUGAAAAAAUGUCCACAACACAGUAAUUGGUCACUUGUUAAGAAAAAUUUAUCCUUGUAAAUAUCUUCAAAGUUGAUAUUUGGAACUUUAUUCCAAAAGUAGUGCAUGUGGAGAAAGAAUCUAGACUUUCUUGUAUACAUUUUUCUCUUCUCCCGUAAUAAACAAUUACUUUUCAUUUAUACUUUCUUGAUAACCUGUAUUUAAUUUUAAAAAAACAUAAAAAUGAGGAACCAAGUGAAACUAUGGAUAUAAAUAUUAAAGUGGACGAGAUGACCUUC